ACGCGCUCGACGCCAGUGACGGCCUGAGCCGCGCGCGAAAAGCAUGGCUCGAGUCCUGAUCCUGGUGCUGCUGCUGGCAUCCUUGGCCAACCCAUCCGUCGCUUACUUGAACGUCUUCAUCUCACCGACGGAAGUUAUGAAACUCCUGGGUAUCGACGCUGAACUCUUCUAUGUCCGUGAAGGGGUCGUCAACACCUACGCCCUCAACUUCGUGGUCAUGGUUCCACCGAACAUGUCGGAUCUGCAGUUCUCCUGGCAAAGCCUCACGAAGCAACCCCUACCGUACGUGCUAUCAGUGAAAUACAAUACGGAGGGUGCAUUGCUGCCACCCCAGAUGAAUAUUUCAUCAGCCGGUGUGAUCCCGACAUCUGUGCAGACAUUUCGUCUGCGUUUACUUUGCACCGGUUUGGAGGCGACCCAAACGGAAGUCCAGCUCCAUUUGAACGUCAGCACCCACAACAAGCUACACAACAACACAUCCGUGAAGAUUCGCAGGAACAAGAUCUGCCAGAAAGGUAUGAACCGCAAAUUCCAAUUAAACUCGAGCAACAAUCCCAUUAAGGCCAGCACCCCCAUACCUAAAAUUUGCAUCAAUUAUCCAAAAGAUGCGACCGAAUGCCGACAUACAUUCGGUCGGCUGUGGGGUGGUGGAG